GUUAAACCGUUCGAAAUGCCACCAUGCAAAAGAUCAAAUGCCGAGGUUUACAAAUUUCUUUGGCCAAGGGAAAGCCGCCUCAGCAGUGUGGAUCAUCUCCACCGUCGUCUUCUACCUCCUUUUCCGAGCAGUCAUGGAUAAUUCCACAUCCACAAACACAGAGUCUUUAAUGUCGAGUUCAGAAAGGCGGACUCGGUUAUACAAUGAGAUGUCGAGGGACAUUGAUGAGCACGGGAUGAAGUUUCUGCAAGGCGGAGAAACUUCACAAUCGCUAAUGCUCAACGAUAUAUUUGAAUUAAGGGGUGGAUAUGUGAUUCCGAAGCCUAAGGCUGCAGAUCCUCCUGUUAGGGCAAAUGUUCUUUACCUGAGCCCAGAAUUUUCGAACCCUAUCUCGAAGGCUGUAAGGGAUAUCUUUCUUCCCUAUUUUGACGGAGCCAUUUGGUUUCAGAAUGCAAGCUUAUACCACUUCAGCAUGUUUCAUGCCUCCCAUCAUCUAACAUCUGUAAAGGCAACUGACGCUGAGAUUGAAGCUGAAGCUUCUGCUGUCAAAGAAGUUGCUCGGUCUCUUUGUCCUUUGAAAAUUUUUCUGGAUAGAGUGGUGUUGACAUCAACUGGCGUGCUUUUAGGGUGCUGGCAGGUGAUAUCUGGUCCAGAUCCUGUAACUAUCCGAUCAAAACUGCGAAAUGCUCUUCGUCACUCUCCUGAAAAGCAACUGUAUGAUCCUGUUAUGCUUCAUACUUCGUUUGCAAGGAUUCUGGGGCACCCUAAAGUUCCAUUGGAGGACAUGAAGAACUCUUCUGAUCUACUCAAGUUCUUUCAUGAGCUCGUUGAACGUGUCAACAGUAAGAUCCGUGGAUUUGAGGCAACUAUUUCUGAGCUUUGGUAUGUGGAGGAAUAUGAUGUGCUUGCUCUUGCACUGGACGGGAGAAUAAAGGUACGUAAGUUCCCCCUUGGUUGUUCAAGCCAUUGAUAACUCUUUGAAAUAACAUUACCCCCAACUGUUAUUCUUUUCAUUUGUUUUCUUUUCUAUUUUCCAAUAUUUAUGGUGACUGUUUUAGAAACUUUUCUUCCCCAAUAUAUGUGAAGGUGGUUCCAAACUUUAGAAUGCA